AUGUUAUCAUCUACCAUUCGUUCUUUAAGAAGUAACAGAAAUGUUACAACCUUAAAGAAUAUUAGAAAAUAUGCUGUUUCACCAUCAGCUCAAGCAUUAGUUUCAAAAUCAGUACAAGAAAUAGAUCCAGAAAUGGCAGAUAUAUUAAAUCAAGAAAGAAUUAGACAAAAAAAUUCAAUUACUUUAAUACCUUCAGAAAAUUUUACAUCAAAAGCAGUAAUGGAUUUAUUAGGUUCAGAAAUGCAAAAUAAAUAUUCUGAAGGUUAUCCUGGUGAAAGAUAUUAUGGUGGAAAUGAAAUUAUAGAUAAAGCUGAAUCAUUAUGUCAAAAAAGAGCUUUAGAAGCAUUUAAUUUAAAUCCUGAAGAAUGGGGAGUUAAUGUUCAACCAUUAUCUGGAGCACCAGCUAAUCUUUAUGCAUAUUCUGCAAUUUUAGAUGUUGGUGAUAGAAUUAUGGGUUUGGAUUUACCUCAUGGUGGUCAUUUAUCUCAUGGUUAUCAAACAAACACCACCAAGAUUUCAUUUAUAUCAAAAUAUUUUCAAACAAUGCCAUAUAGAUUAAAUGAAGAAACUGGAAUAAUAGAUUAUGAUACUUUAGAACAAAAUGCUCAAUUAUUUAGACCAAAAGUUAUAGUUGCAGGUGCUUCAGCUUAUUCAAGAAUUAUAGAUUAUAAAAGAAUGAAAGAAAUCGCUGAUAAAGUUGGAGCUUAUUUAUUAUCUGAUAUGGCUCAUAUUUCAGGUUUAGUUUCAGCUGGAGUUACUGAUUCACCUUUCCCAUAUUCAGAUAUUGUAACUACAACAACACAUAAAUCAUUAAGAGGACCAAGAGGAUCAAUGAUAUUUUUUAGAAAAGGUAUAAGAAAAGUUACUAAAAAGGGUAAAGAAAUACCAUAUGAUUUAGAAAGAAAAAUCAAUUUUUCAGUAUUCCCUGGUCAUCAAGGUGGUCCACAUAAUCAUACAAUUUCAGCAUUAGCAGUAGCAUUAAAACAAUGUUCAGAACCAGAUUUUAAACAAUAUCAAAAAGAUGUUAUAUCAAAUGCUAAACAUUUUGCCGAGGCAUUAGAAAAAAAGGGUUUCAAAUUAGUUUCAGGUGGAACAGAUACUCAUUUAAUAUUAGUUGAUUUAAGAUCAAAAAAUAUUGAUGGUGCAAGAGUAGAAGCAGUAUUAGAAAGAUCAAAUAUAGCAGCAAAUAAAAAUACAGUUCCAGGAGAUACAAGUGCUUUAUUCCCAUCUGGUUUAAGAGUUGGUACUCCAGCAAUGACAACAAGAGGUUUUGGACCAGAAGAAUUUUCAAAAGUUUCUGAUUUUAUUGAAAGAGCAGUUGAAAUUUCAAUAAAUUUAAAAAAACAAGAACAAGGUAAAGUUCCAAAAGAAUUAUUAGCUAAUUUUAAAAAAUUGGCUGAUGAAAGUGAAGAAGUUAAACAAUUAGGUGAUGAUGUAGCUAAAUGGGCAAGUCAAUAUCCAGUCCCAGGUGAUAAAGUGUAA